CGUUAGCAGCUCUUUAGCAGGAAAGAUUCAGUCCUGCGUGGAAUCAGCUGGUAGCAGGAGAUCGCCUGCAGGAGAGGUCAGUUCCGUGUGGAAACGUGGAGAGGAGAUCAUCAGCAGGGCCUCCACACCGAUUCACCGCCGACUCAUCCCCGCAUCAUGUCGCUGAAGAACGGGAACACCGUGGAGAGGCGCAUGGACCUGGCCUCGCUCUUCUGCAUGAUCGGCCGCCACGGUCCCGCCGUGGCUCUGGCCGUGAUCGCCGUGGUGUCGGUGCUGGCGGGGUUCGUCCUCUACCAGACCGUGAGGGGGAAACGGAGGAAGACCAGGGUCGGAGGGGACGGUAGCCCCGGAGAGGAGCGGGACGAAGGGCUGGUCCAGACCGAGGAACCGGAGGAACCACGGAGCUCCACGGAGGAACCACGGAGCUUCACGGAGGAACCACGGAGCUUCACGGAGGAACCACGGAGCUUCACGGAGGAACCACGGAGCUUCACAGAGUCAACAGAUGUGAGUGAUGAAGGAUCAUCAGAUGACGAUCUUAAAAUCAGACAUCAUCGUUCCACCGCUGAGCAGAAACCUCCACCUUCUCCUCCACCUGAGAAGGACCCACUACUGGACAACUCUUCAGCUGUUCAGGAUGAAGCAGCAGAGAAUAAUAAGGGGAGGGAAACGUGCACGGUGGCUGAUGUGAAGGAGGAUGGCUGGAACCAGGGGGACGGUUUAAGGGACGUUGAUGAAGAUGAUGGUAGAAGGUCAAAGCUCCAGCUGACUGAUCAUCAGAGCUACAAAGAAGAAGAGAAGGUGCUGCCAGCAGAGUGCCAGGAAGAUGUGACUGCAGAUAAGGAUCAUUACGAUGAGGACAACCUUCAGAACAUCUUGGAGAGUCCAGUCUGCUGUGAACAGAAGCUUCAUAUGUGUGAAAACAGAGAGCGAGAUGAUGAAGGCACAGCAGAUACCAAUAAAACGGAGUCCCACUUGGAAGAACCUGUCGUCCAUAUUGAAGAUGUUCGUGUCUCUAGUGUCUGUUACAGCAAAGAUCCAGAGAAUCAUCCAGAAGAUACCAGCCACUCUAAGUAUUACAGCAAUGAUCUCCUCUCUCCAGAGGAAGAAACUAAAAAUGAGGAGGUAGUAGAUGAACAAGUGAUCGUUCAACAAGCUGAGGCGGUAUACUCGACAUCAGAACAAGAAACCAAUCAGUCUGAUGUUCUGUCCAGUCAGAACAGUGAUCAGGAUCAUGAAUGUGGUCAAACCAGUGACGAGAGUCAAGAAGAUGUACAGGAAGACCUUCUGAGCUCUCUUCCAGAUGUUCACUUCGAUGCCCAUAUGCUACAACAACAUCUGCAGACUGAACAAAAUCAUGGAGAAGGUCUUACCUGGAAUGAAGGGGAUGAUAUUGUUAAAGGUGACGUGCUGAGUGAUGUUUCAAGUGAAGUGGAAGGAGAAGAAACUACCCCAGUGUUGGAUAAAGACGCUGUUCUUGAUGUUCCUGCUCCUGAUCUGACGUCGCUUAAGAAAGAAUUUCAGAGUGAAAACACUGAAACUAGAGGUGUUGUGGUGUUGGCUGAAGGAGAUCAGCUAUCUUCUCAGCAGGAACAAUGUGAUGUAAAGGCAGAGGUGGUUCUGUCCGGUCAGGAAAGUGAUCAGAGAGAAGAUUGUGGUCUAACCAGUGAAACAACUGAAGAUCUAAAGGAAGACCAUCUGAAUGAUCUUACAGAUGUUGGAUUUGAACAGCAACUGCAGAUUGAACAGAAGGAUGGUCUUCCCUCCAAUCAGGAGGAUGGUGUUGUGAAAGGUCAAAUGUUGGCUUCUUGUGAUGAAGAAUGUGAAAGUUCAAAUGUGGCGCUAACUCCUGCUCUGCCAGAAAAGUUUGAUUCAAGUGAUGAUGGUCUGUCUGGUGCAACAACUGAUGCAGAAGCUCAAAUCUCUGGAGUUGUAGACUUCCCUGACCUGCCAUCAGAUCACCAACAACCACAAAGGGAAGAAGAAGAAAUCACCCCAGUGUUGCAUAGAAACGCACAUCUUGAUGUUCCUGCCUCUGAUCUGCCGUCUCUUAAGGAAGAAAUUCAGAGUGAAAAGAACCAAGGAAGUGUUGACCAAGAAGGAAAUCCACCGUCUUCUCAGCUGGAACAACGUGAUGAAGUGACAGCAGAAGAAAGCGAUCAGAAUGAUGACUGUGGUCUGAACAGUAAACCAAUAGAAGACAUGAAUAAAGGCCAUUUGAAUGAUCUUACCAACGUCAGAUUUGACUCCUCCACACGACAGCAACAACUGCAGACUGAACUACAGAGUGAUUUUACUUCCAAUCAGGAGGACGGUGUUGUGAAAGAUGAAAUACUGACUUCUGUAGAUGAAGAACAGGAGCCAGAGAAGACUGAUGGUGUCUGUGGUACAACAGGUGAACCCAGAUGUGUGGAUUUCCCUGAACUGUCAUCAGAUUUCCCUCUAUCAGUAAAAGAAGAUGAAGCUGCACCAGCUUUGGAUAUAAAUGCUGAUCUUAAUACUCUCGGCCUGGAUGUGUCGUCUGUUAAAGAAGAAAUUCAAAGUGAACGGAAGGAAAUCGAUACAGCUGUGGUGUUGGCUGAAGAAACUGUUGAUAAAGUUAUGUCCUCUUCCUAUAAAGACCAACACAGUGACCCUAUGGACAAUAAAGAAUCACUGGGCAAGAUGGGAGAUCAACCUGUCCUGUCUACAGAAACCUCUCAUCCUGACAUCUCAUCUUUCUUUCAAGACAAACAAAGUGACCAAAAUAACGCAGAUCUUCCUGAGGUCACUGCUGGUGCUGCUCCUGUCAUAAAUAAACCUCCCAUUUGUCAGGUUCAGCUGCCAUCUUUCGAACAAAGCGAGCUGACCUUGUCAUCUUCUGGUUUUGGUGGAGAGAGUGGGGUUUCAAGCAUGACUGUAAGCCCUGAUAUGGAGAAUCCCAUUAAUGAGUGCGUCUUGAUCCCUGAAAAUGCAGAUCUCCCAGUAGAGGACUGUGAUCCACUGUCUGAAGUCCAGACCGAGGCCCAGAUGAACCUCUCUGCUGAUGAUGUAGCUCUGUCUGUCGCUAAUGAAGAUGCAGCAGGUAUGAUGUCUGAGUCUUGUCCUUCACAUCUUUCCCUCCAACCCCACGAUGAACCCACAGACUGGACUAAAGACGAGUCCUUUUCAUCCAAUGAGGACACAUUUGGCCACGAGGUUGAGGACAGUUACAACAGAGCCAUGGACCAGUUUCUGGAGGAGAUAGCAGCCGAAGUCAAACAUGACGAGAAGAAAAAGCAGACGGACGUAAAAGAUAUUGAAACUAAGCAGAACGAAGCAGCAAAGGAGGAGGAGGAAGAGGAAUAUGAAAAGACUGAAAUCAGUAUCAUGGAGGCAACUAUGGAUAACAAUGAAUGGAUUACAGAUGGAAAUUAUCAAGUCCUGCCCUGGAUGAACUGUUCUGUCCCAUCUUUUACCCAAAGCCACACAAAAACUGAAGCAGUUCCCAGAGAAGAACGUCUCCACAGCUCUUCUCCUGCAGAAGCUCCUUGUAUAGAUGCAGUUAUCCCACUUCCUGUCAAUGAACAAACCAACACUGUUUCCCUUCUAGAUGAAAGCUUGGAAAAUAGCAAAAAGGUGGUGGCGGUCCAGCCCAUGCCCCAGAACGUCAACGUGAUCUUCCGAAUCCACUAUCACACCCACUCACCGUACCAGAAGGUGGCUGUUACUGGGAACCAGCAGGAACUGGGAAACUGGAAGGAGUUCAUCCCGUUGGAAAGAGCCGAGGACGGGCAGUGGUCCAGCGUGGUCAGCCUGCCUGCAGAGAGCCAUGUGGAGUGGAAGUUCGUGGUGGUGGAUAAAGGAGAUGUCUGUCGCUGGGAGGAGUGUGGAAACCGUCUGCUGGAUACCGGCAGCGGAGACGACCUGCUGGUGCACAGAUGGUGGGGAAUCUUGUAGAGAUCCAAGGAAAAGGAGGAAGAUGUGGGACUGGAUGCUGGACCAGGUUGGGUCAACUUUAUUUGCUCAUCAGUAAAUUCUGUUAAGUCAUGAUUUGCUUAAUCUGUGGGUCAAAAGAUGUCAGGAGAUCUAGGGUUGAAACUGGGUUAGAUUUGGUUGAAAUAUACGUUUCUACAUGUUAAGGUUGUUCAUAUCACCAGUUUUAAACCCUUUUGAUAAUUGUUUUUGUCAUUUUUCAGGUUAGAAAUGUCAAACAUUAACAGGUAUUGAUACUUGAGGUUUGCUGUUAUGCUUUUCUCUGUUUAAUAUUAAUUGAAAAUGAAAAACCUUUAAAAGUGUUGAGGUGUUACCCUGGGUCAUCAGUCCUUGUGAUGGGCAUUUUCACUACUGAAUAUUUUAUUUACUAAGGUCUUAUCCACACAUUUCUUUUAAAUUCAUCUUUUUCUUUGCAUUUUGGUCUUUUGUCCACAUGGUAAGGCAGAUUUCAGUCACUGAUUCUGGGUAAUUUUCAUGAAACAAACUGAUUUUAACCACAUUAAGCCCAGUAUUAACCUAGUUACAAUAAAGUGAUGACAUUUCCAACCACUAAAGUUCCCCACAGCUUCUAAUGGGGAUAAAAUGAUCAUCUGAUGGACUUUUCUUUAUGGACUUCCUCCUAAUAACCAGUGGUUCAUUGGAUCUUUCAGGGAACUUGACAGAAAAGACAGAAGCAUCACAUCAAUGUCUUCCUUUACUUUUUCCCUGUGGAAAUAUCUGAUUAUGCAAACUGCACCUCCUCAGAAGUGGUGAUUUUCAUGCAAGUGUUUAAUUUGUAUGAACUUUUAUUCUACUGCCCAUAUGCUGCUUAAUACACCCAACUAUCUGAGAAUAACUGCACAUAGUUCACUUUUCCUCCAGCAAUAAUUACAGCAAUAACUGUUGUCUCCUGUCUGAUUGGUGUCCUAUCAGGUUCUCUGUAUUUACCACUAAACUGUGAUCUUCUUGUGACUCUGAUGCUGCUUUUAAUCUGGUGGGACUCUGUGCAUGUAGAUUAUCCCGCUGUCGUUCUAAAUGUGCCUUUUAAAUGUGAUUUUCUGUUAAUGCGUCUUUGUUGGACUUCGUCUCUGUUUCACUGCAGGUUUAAUGGAUUAUUCACAGUGUGUUGAUUCUCAAAUGAUCAUUUUGGGUUUUAGUUCUUUAAAAGUAGACGUCUGUGUCUCAGAUUGUAUCAGAGUAAUUUAAUAUGCAAAACUGUGACGAUAAUGCUGAAUGUUAUUAAAGUGGAAUAAAAUAA